GACACAUAAUAAAAUUAAAAUAAUGUACUUUGAAAAGUCUCUGAAAGGCAUAGAGAUCGAGUUUAUCUCUUUUGACUCUUUCAAGUUUUGUCCUAAAUGGAACAGCCAUGCUUACACUGAAUUCAAUUUCAUCUCAAUAGUCUGCAUUAAAUUUCUCUUCAUGAAUUCUGUCUAUAUAAUUCAAGUAUUGAGGAGUUUAUACAAGCUCUGAUAUCUUGAGAAGCGCAAAAACACAACAUUAAUUUUGUCUCCACCAUGUCAAAGAUUGAAGUCUCGGCUUCAUCAUUUUGGGUUCUAUGUAUUGUUUACGGUAUUGGAUAUUUGCUACAGGCGGCUCAAGUAGUAGCAGUCACAGAUCCUAUUGAAGUUGCUGCAAUAAGAUCAAUUUCUGAGAAGUGGAGUAUUGAAUCAUCUGCAAAUUGGAACCUCACAGAUCCAUGCUCUGGCGUAGCCAAUUCUACUACAGAUAUUCAAACUCUAAAUCCUGGCAUCAAGUGUGACUGCUCAGGAGCCCUAUGCCAUGUUACACAAAUGAAGGUUUAUUCAUUGGACAAAACAGGAGAGCUUCCUGAAGAACUGGUUAAUCUGACUUACCUCUUCGAUUUGAACUUGAACCAGAACUAUUUUAGCGGCCGCAUUCCUGCUUUCUUGGGGAACCUUACCAAGAUGCAAUACUUGGCCCUUGGCAUUAAUAAUUUUUCUGGUCCUGUACCAAAGGAGCUUGGAAAUCUUCGGAACCUGAUAGUAUUGAGCUUUUCAUCAAACAGUCUUAAUGGAACAUUGCCGUUAGAGCUUGGUAACCUGACUAAAUUGGAACAACUGUAUAUUGAUAGUGCUGGAAUAUCUGGAGAGAUUCCAAGCACUUUCAGAAAUCUAAAGAAAUUGAAGACAGUAUGGGCAUCUGAUAAUCUACUUUCAGGUGCAAUACCUGAUUUCAUUGGAAACUGGACUGAUCUUACUGAAUUGAGGCUUCAGGGAACUGCUCUCGAGGGUCCAAUUCCUUCAAGCUUCUCCAACUUAACCUCUUUGAAAACUCUAAGAAUAAGUGAUUUAACUUCAAGUGUCACAUCAUUGACAUUCUUACAAGGCUUGAAGAAUUUAACUCAACUAGUCUUGAGAAACAACCAGAUUUCUGGCAUAAUCCCUUCAUAUGUUACGGAAUUAAGUAAACUGCAGCACUUGGAUUUGAGUUUUAAUAAUUUCACAGGAGAGUUCCCUACUUCACUUCAAAAUUUGAGCUCUUUGAUAUUCUUGUUUCUUGGAAAUAAUAAUCUGUCUGGGAAGCUUCCUUCCCAAAUGAGUUCAUCCAUUAAAUACAUAGAUCUAUCUUACAAUCAAUUUUCAGGAAUUCUUCCAACCUGGUCCAAUGACACAACUUUGAAAGUAAAUCUAGUAGGAAAUUACUUGGAAAUAAAUGAGACAAAUAAUGGACUUGCCUCAAGCACAUUGGCUUGCCUCCAACGGACUUUUCCUUGUAAUAAAGGAGCUCCACGCUAUUCUCAAUUUGCAAUAAACUGUGGCGGCUCACAAAUGACUUCCCAGCUAAACAAUGUUUAUGAAAGUGACAAUGAAAUACUUGAUGCUGCCUCAUUUUACGUGAGUAGUGAUACACAAAAGUGGGGAGUAAGUAACACUGGAAAUUUUCUGGACAGUUCUGCACAGAAUUUUACAGAAUCGAGUCAAUCUCAAUUCACAAAUACAUUAGAUACAGAACUCUACCAAACGGCACGUUUAUCUCCCAGUUCACUAAGGUACUAUGGUUUGGGGCUUGAAAAUGGACAAUAUACAGUAAAGCUACAGUUUGCUGAAAUAGAUAUUCUAGACACACCGAGCUGGAAGAGUCUUGGAAAACGCAUUUUUGAUGUUUCUGUUCAGGGGAAUAAAGUAUUAACAAAUUUCAACAUCCAAAAGGAGGCAGGAGGUUCAUUCAUAGCAGUUGACCGAUCUUUCAAGACAAAUGUGACUGAAAAUUUUCUUGAAAUUCAUUUUUUCUGGACCGGGAAGGGAACAUGCUGUAUUACAAAACAAGGAACCUAUGGACCUUUAAUAUCAGCCAUUAGUGUUACACCUGACUUCAAUCCUACUGUUUCGAAUAAGCCACCUUCUAAAUCCCCUCCGAAGAAAAUCAAGACUGGAGCAGUGAUUGGAAUUGUUUUUGGGGGUGUGGUUGCUGUUUUGACAUGUCUCGUGUUUAUCAUUUUGUGGCGAAGGAAAGUCAGAAAGUCCUUAGAGGCACGUGGUCAGGAACAAGAAGCACUUAAAGGAAUUCACACAAAACCAAACAUUUUCAGCUAUGCUGACUUGAAGAAUGCAACAAAUGAUUUUCAUGAAGAAAAUAAGUUGGGCCAGGGAGGAUUCGGUACAGUUCAUAAGGGCAUUCUUCCAGAUGGUAAAUUGGUAGCAGUGAAGCAAUUGUCAUCUGAAUCUAAGCAAGGAAAGCGCGAAUUUAUAAAUGAAGUGGCUGCAAUAUCUGCAGUGCAACAUAGGAACCUUGUUAAAUUGCACGGAUGCUGUGUAGAAGGAGAACAUCGUAUUUUGGUCUACGAAUGUCUGGAAAACAACAGUCUUGCACAAGCUUUAUUUGGGAAUAAAAUAUCUGAAAUAAACCUGGACUGGCCUACUCGGUUUAACAUCUGUAUUGGGACUGCACGUGGGCUUGCUUACCUUCAUGAGGAGUCCAGCGUCCGAAUAGUGCAUCGAGACAUCAAAGCCAGUAACAUCUUGUUGGAUAACUCUCUGAACCCUAAGAUUGCAGAUUUUGGGUUGGCUAAGCUAUUUGAUGAAACCAGAACUCAUAUCAGUACCAGAGUUGCUGGCACAAUAGGAUAUAUGGCUCCGGAGUAUGCAAUGCGAGGUCACCUCACAGAAAAGACUGACGUUUUCAGCUUUGGGGUUGUUGCUUUAGAAGUGGUGAGCGGCAGGAGUAAUUCAGACACAUCUUUGCCACAAGAGAGUGUCUAUCUUCUGGAAUGGGCCUGGCAACUGCAUGAGCAAAAGAGACUGCUGGAAUUGAUGGAUCCUAAACUAGAAUCAACAUACAUAGAAGAUGAAGUUCUCAGAGUUAUUGCAGUAGCCCUCCUUUGCACACAAGCUUUGCCUGCAAUGCGCCCAUCAAUGUCUCGAGUGGUAGCAAUGCUGACUGGUGAUGUAGAGGAAAUUCCUGUUGCUUCUCGCCCUGGUUACAUCACAGAUUGGCAGUACAACAACCAUUUGGCUGCUCAAGAUCCUGGAAGCACAUCUAUUGCGCUAACACCACAGCAGAGAAGUAGAGACAUCACGCUGCCUGAUACAUUGUUCUCGCAUGAAAAUGAGGAAAUGACUUCAUCAAUGGUCCACAAGGCUUUAGGAGAUGGCCGAUGAAUACCAAACUCAAGAAACAAUAUGGAGACCUUGUACUUGCUAAUGUCCCGCAUCUUGUUGUGACUAGAUUUAAAUGUAAUAUAGUAGUUCUCUUACUCAUAAACUCCCAUGCCAGUAUCUACAAUUGACCUCCACCGUAUCCCACAUCUGCAAGUGAUUAUAAUGCAAGUUAAUCUUGAAAUUGUGAGUAGGGAUACAAUUGGUGGUUUUAAUGUUUAUUGUCCUAGUAUAUUAUGUGACAUGUUCGAUGUUUAUUGUGCAGUAGUUUAUUGGUAAGUGUUGUGGAUGAGUUUUCUUCGUGUAUAUAUGAUAUGAGAGAUUGAAUAAAAUUUGAAAUUUCAGGUUUGCUUUC